AUGCGGGCUGAAGAGACCGGAAAGAUUUUUGACGAAGAUGAGAUCAUGAAAGACAUCACUGAGGAAUGUUCACCAACUAAGGACAGAGAUGAUCGUUCACUCGGAGAACUUUUAGCAGCUGGUCGUAAAGGCACCAGCUCCGUAGCUGACUCUCCAUUGAUAGGAACAACUGACACCACUCCGAGGGUGAAUCCUAGCCAUCGACCGCUUCAUGCUGAUUAUGUACUUGAUAAGGUUAGGACUGAAUCUAUUUUUGGAAUUCUAUAUAGGAUGCCAUUGUGA